AUGGCAGUUGUCCGCGGCAUCGUUCUCAUCAUUCUUGCCGUGUCGCUCGCCAUCGCGUACGUCGCGUUGCCAACAAGACGCACACUCUACUCCUCGGCAGCAAUCACGCCUCUCAAAAUGGCUGCAGAAGCAAAUCCCCUCGACCGACUAACGCUCAGCCUCAGUCAGACGAACACCUCGCCUCCCACCGUGCGCGUGACAACCACCAAUGAAAGCGACCGUCCAUUUACCAUCAUCACGUACAGCUCGCCGCUGGAUUCUGUCGCCUUGGCCCUCGAUUUACUGAGCAUCACCCCCGACGGCGCAGCAGAGCCACUGAAAUUGCGGACCAUCCAGGCGUCGAGGCUCUGGCCGCCAGACCCCGAUUCGCUGGUGGAAUUGGAGCCCGGGGCCAGCGCGACCAACGACUUGGUGCUCAAGAAGCCGGAAGUCCCUAUGGGCAAGUUGGGGAAGAAGGCGACCGUGUUCGUCCAAGGACGUUGGAUGGGUGUGUUUGCGAGGGCCAAGGACAAGAUUUCGACGGACGAUUUGGAGACUAUGGCUUCUCAGCCUGAUGCCUUCGAGGGCGAUUUCAUGAGUAAGAGCAUCGAGAUUAGGAUUGACUAA